UUAUAAUAAUUAAAUAUGGGAUUUGGUAGACCUCGUGGCGGCGGUGGUGGCGGCGGAAGAGGAUUUCGUGGCGGCGGCGGCGGCGGAGGAGGAGGUGGUGGCUUCAGAUCCAACGGCGGCGGCGGCGGAGGAUUCAGCAGAGGAGGAGGUGGACGUGGUGGCGGCCGAGGAGCCUUCGAUAAUGGACCUCCGGAGAGAGUUAUUCCCCUAGGAAGCUACGUUUAUUCGUGCCAAAACGACCUUGUGUGCAAAGUUGGAAUCCAGGAUGUCCCAUAUUUCAAUGCUCCAAUCUUUCUCGAAAACAAGGAACAAGUAGGCAAAAUCGACGAGAUCUUUGGAACAGUUCGUGACUACAGCGUGUCCAUCAAACUGUCGGAUAAUGUCUAUGCGAACAGCUUUAAACCGAAUCAGACAUUGUAUAUCGACCCUGGAAAGCUAUUACCAAUCGCAAGAUUUCUACCCAAACCUCCACAGCCGAAAGGAGCAAAGAAAGCAUUCACAAAUAACCGCGGUGGAGGCGGCGGUGGAUUUGGAAACAGAGGAGGUUCCCGCGGAGGAGGUGGUCGAGGUGGAGGCGGAUUCGGCGGCGGUGGACGAGGUGGUGGCGGAUUCAGAGGAGGAUCUCGUGGAGGUGGCGGCGGCGGAGGCGGAGGAUUCGGCCGAGGAAGAGGAGGUGGUGGUGGCGGUGGUGGUCGUGGUCGAUGGUAGUUUUCAAUAUUGGACCCACAUUCAAACAUUUAAGGAACUGUACAAUACACUUUUUGUACAUGUCCAAAUAGUUUAUAAGGAAAGACUCGUUUGGGUAUUAUUCACUGACCAAUCAAUCGAAAAUUGUACCUCAAAUGCUUCUAAAAUAAAAAACUUAAAAUU